GGUAGAAAACCACUUGGAUGUCGUCGGUGUGGUACAGUUGAGAUUGGAUCUUUGCCGCGAACGGUUGUCUCCGGAUCGUAGGGUUUGUUGGGUCUCCUAAGGUCUCCCUCCCCGUCCCCCAAGUGAGUGAUUAAAUUGUGUAAGCCAACAGACAAAAUGUCUAUCCAAAUCCAAGUGCAAAUAGUGAUAAAGAUAAGAUAAAAGAAGUUGAGUGAUAAGCGUGAUUUUGUGAAUUAUUGUGGAUGCUGAAAGCAAGAAAAGUCACAUUUCUCACAUUUUUGUCGGACAUUGAACUCUGGAGUGAUGCCGGCGGAGGAAGGGAGCGGUACACAGGCGGGAGCGGGCUUGUGCCUGGAGUGGAAGCAGCUAAAUUACUAUGUGCCUGCCCAGGAGCAAAGCAAUUACAGUUUUUGGAAUGAAUGCAGAAAGAAACAAGAGAUUCAAAUUUUACACGAUGUCAGCGGUCACCUGAAAACCGGCGACCUCAUCGCCAUACUGGGCGGAUCGGGGGCGGGUAAGACCACAUUAUUGGCAGCGAUUUCGCAACGACUGCGCGGUAAUUUAACCGGCGAUGUGGUUUUAAACGGCGUGGCCAUGGAACGGGAUCAGAUGACACGCAUCUCCAGCUUUCUGCCACAGUUUGAGAUCAAUGUUAAAACCUUUACCGCCUACGAGCAUCUGUACUUCAUGUCCCACUUCAAGAUGCAUCGCAAGACGACGAAGGCGGAGAAGCGUCAACGUGUCUCGGAUCUGCUGCUGGCCGUGGGAUUAAGGGAUGCGGCACACACCCGCAUCAAGCAGCUGUCGGGUGGAGAGCGUAAGCGUCUCAGUCUCGCCGAGGAGCUCAUCACCGAUCCCAUCUUUCUGUUCUGCGAUGAACCGACCACGGGCCUCGACAGCUUCAGUGCGUACUCCGUCAUCAAGACACUGCGUCAUCUGUGCACCCGGCGACGCAUCUCCAAGCACUCUCUGACCCAGGUCUACGGCGAGGAUUCCUUCGCCACGCCCAGUGAUGUGAGCACGGGCAGCAACUCCAUUGAAAUGGAAGUUGUGGACAACUCACACGAGAGUCUGCUGCUGUCCAUGGCGGAGUUUCCCACGCUGAGUGUGCUCAACAACAGCCCCAAUGGAACACUCAAGAAGGGGGCCAUCUGCUCCAUUCACCAGCCCACAUCCGACAUCUUCGAGCUCUUCACCCACAUCAUCCUCAUGGAUGGCGGUCGCAUUGUCUAUCAGGGACGCACCGAACAUGCUGCUAAAUUCUUUACGGGUCUGGGAUUCAUGCUGCCGCAGAAUUGCAAUCCCGCCGACUUCUAUCUGAAGACUCUGGCGGAUGGCAAGGAGAAUGCGGGUGAGAUACUGCGAACUAGGUACGAGCACGAGACGGAUGGACUCUACAGCGGUAGCUGGUUGCUGGCCAGGAACUACAGCGGUGACUACAUGAAGCGUAUGCAGGACUUUAAAAAGAUACGCUGGUUGUAUCAGGUGUAUCUGCUGCUCAUACGCUUCAUGACUGAGGAUCUGCGGAAUAUCAAGAGCGGCCUGAUCGGAUUCGCCUUCUUUAUGAUCACCGCCGUGACGCUCUCUCUGAUGUACUCCGGCGUGGGAGGAUUGUCUCAGCGCACUGUGCAGGAUGUGCGUGGUUCCCUUUUCAUGCUCAGCACCGAGAUGAUCUUCACCUUCAGCUACGGCGUCAUGUACAUCUUUCCCAGCGCAUUGCCCAUCAUAAGACGCGAGGUGGGCGAAGGCACCUACAGCCUGUCCGCCUACUAUGUAGCUCUGGUGAUAUCCUUUUUGCCGGUGGCCUUCUUCAAGGGUUAUGUCUUUCUAUCCGUGAUCUAUGCAUCCAUUUACUAUACACGCGGUUUUCUGCUCUUUAUAACCAUGGGAUUACUAAUGAGUCUCUCUGCCACUGCCGCCGUUGCCUACGGCGUCUUCCUCUCCAGUCUUUUUGAGAAUGACAAAAUGGCAUCGGAGUUUGCGGCGCCCUUCGAUCUGAUCUUCCUCAUCUUUGGUGGCACUUACAUGAACGUCGACUCGAUUCCCGUGAUCAAAUACUUUUCGCUCUUCUUCUACACAAACGAGGCGUUAAUGUACAACUUCUGGAUCGACAUUGACAACAUUGACUGUCCAGUUAACGAUGAGCAUCCGUGUGUGAAGACUGGCUUGGAGGUGCUGCAGCAGACCUCCUACCGCACCGCCGAGUACACCUAUUGGCUGGACUGUGCCAGCCUCCUGGUGGUGGCUUUGGUCUUCCACAUUGUCUCGUUUAACCUGGUGAGGCGCUACAUUAAUCGCAGUGGCUACUAUUGAGUGGAUCUUUUAUUUUAUGCUAUUCCUUUUACAUUACAAUCUUAGCGGUUUUAUAAUCGAUGGCCAAUUGAUUUCAACCAUUCAACCUUUUACAUUUGUACGUUAAUUACAUUAAUUCAAAUUUACAAUAUUAAGUAGAAAACCUUUCAUUUUUUUUUAAAUUUUACUUCAGCGAAAAAUAUUGCAAUUCAUUUCUAUGUAUAUGUUUAUGUUUGUAUGUAUGUUUGUAGUUGUGUCUCCGUUUGAUGUACUAUAACAUUAUCCAAGUACCGGGGGAAUUAAAUAAAUUAGGCUAAAAAACAA